GCAGCGGCCCAAGUCAUCUCCUCCACAUCUCCACUACCUCCACCACCUCCACCACACCCAAGAGGAAGAAGAGGAGGAGGAGGAAGAGAAAGAAGACUAAGAAAAAGAAGAAGAGGAAAAAGUCAUGAUGUGCUAAGAGAUUCAUUGUCACACACUUUGCAGCAGCGCCGCCGCAGCACCGCCAUGGCCAGGAUGUGGAUGCUAAUGAUGCUGAUCGUGGCCGCUGACCUGGCCGCCACCACACAGGAGGUGUCGCCUGGGAGUGCGGGGAGCAGCAGCGGAGGCGAGGCGGGGUCAGCCUCCCCCUGGGCCGGGAGUCGCCACGCCCGGUCCCUGGGCGAGGGCCACGCCGGGGAUGUGACGCAGGCGGACCCGCGGGGCGGGGUGGGGCAGGGCAGCUCCACCUUCUGGGUGUCGCGUGGCAAGAAGGCCGAGGAAGGCCGCCCCGCCUUCUACUGGGGACCCAACCAGAGCCUCUGGGGCGAGACCUUCCUCCGCAACGGCCCCUCCCCACUGGGCUCUCGCCAGGCCCAGCUGACGCUGCCCUCCGGCUGGGAGUCCAACCCGAACCUGUGGGGCAAGAGGGACGCCCAGGGGCCCUUCUGGGCGGCGCGGGGCAAGCGGCCUGAGCGAGACCCCUUCUGGGUGAGCCGCGGCCGCCGGGACUCAGCGAUGGAGCAGCCGGCGCCGCAGGGGGACGCGGCGGGACUCCAGUGGGCGGGCGAGAACAAGCGGGAGGAGAACGGCCCCUUCUGGAUCAGCCGCGGCAAGAGGCCCCAGCCCGGCACGGCUCCCCUGUCGCUGGCCUCGCUGUGGCCGGUGCGCGGCAGGAAGUCUGAGGGCGGCAAUACGUUCUGGGUAGCGCGCGGCAAGAAGGAGUCCGAGCCCCAGGGACCCUUCUGGGCGGCCCGCGGCAGGCGCAGCGGCGGCGAGGGCGGGGCGGGGCCCUAUUGGAUAGCCCGCGGCAAGAAGCCUGACGGCGGCGCCCCCGCGGGGCCCUACUGGAUCGCGCGUGGCAAGAAGCCUGACGAGGACGCGGUGUUCUGGGCGGCGCGCGGCAAGAAGGGCGACGAGGACUCAGUCUUCUGGGCGGCGCGCGGCAAGAAGGAUCCCCCGGCGUGGGCGCCGCGGGAGGACGCCCCACACUCCUUCUGGGUGGCCCGGGGCAAGCGGCACGACCCCUCCACGACCCACGCUCCCGAGGACGACGACGACGACAACGACAGGGAUGACGACAACGAUGAUGGCGAAGUAGCGACGCAGAAGGCCGCCGACCACUUCCUGGAGGCCUUCACACCGCUCGCUGGCCAGUAGGCGGCGGCGGCGGCGACGAAGACCAAGCAAGCUGAGGUGCGCUGCUCGCCCUGCAGUCCCGCCCUCCACGCCCACACCCUGGCCACGCGGCAAGGGGGCGGAGGCAGGGGGGGACGGGACAGUCUGUGUGACCCCCCGCCCCGCCAGCGGGAGGGUGGACGGGGAAGGGGGUGAGCGGCGGGGCCUCUGCCGCCACAGGCUGGGUGGCGGCACGGGGCCUCCAGGCGCUGAAUAAAACACUGAACCAA